AAAAAAAGGAUUUAAAAAGGCAAGACCUUUCCAAUGCAAUAGAAACCGAAAAGAGAGAGAAACGAAAUCAACAAGGAGGUGAGUAAUUUGCUUGACUCAGAGAAAGGGAGAGAGGGGAAAACGGGUCAAGCCUCUUCUUCUGGGUUUCGAUUGUUUACCUUGUUUCCUCAGUUUUGUUUGUGGAAGGUUCCUCAGUUUUCUUUCUUGAACACCAGAUUAUAGGUUUUGUCUCUUCGUCAUUCCGAUUAACUGGUACCGUAUGUUUUGAUCUGGUUUUCAUCUCUCUUGUCUGUGUAUUUUUGUUUAUCCUGAAUCUCUUAUCGCUCCGACAAUCCCGUCGAAGAAGAGGGGUAGUCUCCAUGGCUACGAGUUUCCAUCUUGGGUUCGCAUUUGCCAUCGAUGGCUUUACCUCUACCAAACAAGUCACUGUGGUCGCGUCUGUAUGUCUGGGUAUCAUCAUUUGCAAAGUUGUUUACCACUUAACUGGUUGGACAAGUCAUUUGCUCUUCAAAGCUUAUGGAACACUCGGAAGCAAACAGCGAAUGGAAUGGAACAACAGGGGCUUCUCAACUUUUCACGCAGUUUUUGUUUCGGUGGCUGCAAUCUAUCUGUUGAUAUUUUCAGGGCUGUUUGAUGAUAAUGUUCCUGGUGAUUUGAUCAUCAACCGGACUUCAACUUUGUCCGAAGCCGUAUUGGGGUUUUCCAUUGGUUAUUUCCUGACGGAUUUGUCGGUGAUCCUGUGGCAUUUUCCGGUUCUUGGUGGUGUGGAGUAUGUGUUUCACCAUUGCCUAUCCAUGCUUGCUAUUAUCCUUGCGGUCACAAGCGGGCAAAGUCAGUUCUACAUAUUCAUGGUUCUCCUCUCUGAAGCCACAACUCCAUUUGUGAAUCUACGAUUGUACUUGGAUACCAUUGGUCAGAAAAGCUCGAAGCUUUAUGUGUAUAACGGGAUUGCCCUGUUCCUGGGUUGGCUGGUGGCGAGGGUCUUUUUGUUCAUCUACUUUUUCAUUCACAUGUCCCUCCAUUUUGAUCAGGUCAAGCAAGUUUUCCCACUCGGGUUUUACAGCCUGCUCACGAUACCACCGGCUUUAGGAGUGAUGAAUCUCAUCUGGUUUUGGAAGAUCGCAAAAGGGUUGAUCAAGACCGUGUCGAAAUCGAGACACUGUGAAUGAAUGAUUAUAGGGUGAUGGUUUGAUUCGAUAGCUGGGGCAAUCACAUUGGUCUGUUGUCUAGUAAUUGGUACCAGUGUUCUUACUUUGAAGCCAUGGCCUUGGCAAACUGCUUAAAGGAAUACGAGAUUGAUCAUAGUUUUCUCAGUUUCCGAAGUGGAAUUAUCGUCUCCUAACUCCUAAACUCGAUAUUACUGUUUGGAUUUAACAGGAAACGAAUUUGGUUUCUCUGUAUUCUGCUGUCUGAUUUAUGCUCCUCGGUUCUCUCACGCUCUCUGUAGCUUAACCUGGGAGACUUGAAGUGAUUGGAAUUUCAAAGAAACUGGAGAUUCUCAAGUUUGGACAAUGUGACAGAAAAUCUCAUCAACAAGGUGUACAGCAAAUUGAGAUACUGAAGUACAGAGAGAGAGAGAGAGAGAGA